GAACAAUAACCAGGUUAUUGCCCUUCCCCCAGGUUAUUGGGGGCUGGGGGUCGACCGCAGCCCCGGGGGACCGAUGGGGAGGUGGCGGCGAGCGGAGGGCCGGGCCGGGCCGGUGGGGAGCCCGCAACGGCUCCUGCCCCGAGCUCAAGCCAGGGGAGAGAGGGGGCAGGGGCCUGGGAAGGAGCCCCCAGCCCAGCCCUUGGCGCUGCCCUGCCCGGAUGCCCGGAUGCCCGGAUGCCCGGAUGCCCGUCCAGGCAGCGGACGAGGCCGAGGAGUGGGCGUGGGUCUGGGCGCCCCCCGCGUUCCAGCCGCUCCUUUGUCCGGCCGGCCGGUUGCCUAGCGAAGAUCCGAGCGGCCGAGGCGGCGAGGACGGAGGGUCCCCGGACCCCCAUGGCCCCCGGGCGGGCGCUGGCGCUGGCGGCGCUGCUGGGCUGCUGGCUGCGGGCGGCCGGGCUGGUGGUGCACGAGGUGGGCGACGAGGACGAGGGCGAGGCGCUGGUCUCGGCGCCCCCCGAGCUGCUGGAGAAGCUGCCCGCCGCCGCCAAGGCCACGGUGGCCGCGGGCUACAUCAACCCGUCCGAGGCGGAGGCGGCGGGCACCAAGGAGAUGCCGCUGGUGGCCGCCACCCCGCCGGGGACCCCCGCGGCCGGCUCCCCGCCCCACGGGACGGCGCUGAUCGUGGGCGACACGCGCUUCGCCUGGCAGGAGUGGAGCGCCUGGCACUGCAACUGCGAGGCCGGCAGCAUGUCCCGCGUCCGCGACAUCACCUACGCCAGGCCGGCCGCGCGCCUGGAUCCCGCGCAGUACGACCUGCUGCGCUUCCAGCGCCUGGUCUGCAGCUACGCCCUCUGCGCCUGCAGCCGGCGCAAGCGGCAGUGCGACCUGCUGACCCCCGUCUGCCACCUGGGCCAGAUGCACCUGUGCGCCUUGCGCGACAUCCAAUGGGACCAGGAUGAGAAACGGCGGCGCUUCUGGGCGAAGGUGAACAGCGGGCUGAAGGCGCUCUGGCGCAGCCUGAAGGAGGCCUUCCCCAGGGACAAGAAGUCGAAAACAAUUCAAGUGAAGAGCAGCCACUGACCACGGGUUCAAAAGACGCCGGAGCGGAGCAGCGGCAACACCAAGUCAACACCAUUCACAAAAAAACCCCUGCCCGAAUUCCCCCCCCUCAGAAAGCGAAUGAGUUUAUUUUCAAGAGAUCGAAAGGACCCUUGGUUUGGGCAAAGCAGCUGCUUUUUUAGCAAGUAGCAUUUCCCUCUCUUCCGCCCCAAGUGACCCUCAAAAAAAAAAAAAAAAGGAUUUUUAGCUUUAUCAGGCAAGAAUUUUCCAAAGAGGGCCCUCCCCACUCCCUUGUGCUAUAAAGACUUAAUAAAAUACUGAUUCCUACAGCCAGUUUGCUUCUAUUGGACCAAAGAGGCGUUUUGAGACCAUUGGACUACACUUCCCAUCCUCCUUGCCUGCAUGGCCAUCAUACGUUCUCCUCCAGUCCCUGAAAAUGCCCCCCCCCCACUUUUUUUUUGCUUCAAAGGAAUAACCUGCUAUUCUUUGUGUUAUUUCUCAUUCCAGCAUCAGAAAUGUGACUUUUAAAAUAUACAUCUAUCUAUCUAUAUAUUCUAUGUAUUCACCCUGAAGCCUUUUCUUUUUUUGUCUGGUGUUCAUUUCCUUCAGUUGCAAAUUUCAUUUAUUACAUUACAGCCAGUGAACAGCAGCUCGUGUUCGGUCCUAAAUCUGCUGGUUCUUUUCAAAAGUAGCUCCCGUCCCUGAAUACAUUCUA